CUCUCACAACCCCGCACUAUCCCAACCUCCACCGACCUUCGCCAUCCCCCGCCUGCAUAUCCUCUCCGCAGCUGCCACGUGCCGCGCGCUUGAUCCAGGAUUCUAAUUUCUUGAAGAUCGUCGCAAGAUCUCGGUCCGUCGCAAGUCCGUCGCAAGUCGCAAGCGGGCGCGUCAACUAGACGAACACUCGAGUCUUUCGUCAUCAGCUCAGACGCCUCUCGGUACAUGGCCUGAUGGCAGUAACGGCAUCCGCGCUUGACAACAUUCCUCAGGACGUCAAGGAAGGUGCGGGCGACUCAACCGACCAGAUGGCGCUUGACUCUCAUAAUGAAAAUCAUUCCUCCAACACGCCCUUCAACGGUUCCGAGUCCCACCCAUCCGCCGAAGCCGUGUCUCAAUCUAAGCCAGAUACGCCUCCACAAUCGGAAGUGAACGGCGAUCUCAACGCUUCGGAUACCAGCAACCCAGCAGCGCAACUUCCACUCAACAGCCAGAUGAGCGGCGACGAGCUUGUUGGUGGCGACCACUCUGCGCCCGCAUCCGGCGGCCCCGAAAGCACCCAAAAGGUACCUGAGACACAGUUGCCCAACGGGGAAGAUGCUAUGGACAUUUCGCGGGAUGCUCUGCAGGCGCCUGCCGAAAGCGAGGACGCGGCGCAUUCCCCCACCAGUGGCGCGCCAACGAAACCCAUGAACGAGCUCUCCCUCCAAACUCAGUCCACCUCAACAUUCCCGUCCCCCCUCUCUCUUCCACAGGAGACCUCCGCGGUAGACCAGAAUAUGGAGGACGCGCCCUCGUCAGGCAGGGUGCGGUCGCGUGAGGAAGACGAUGAUGCGGACGUACCGGAUGCCAAACGGACGAGGACAGAGGAGAGUGCGGCUGGCGAAGUCAAUGUCAACCCAUCCGACGCUUCGGCGCUUCCGGCUGAGACGAAUGGCAAUGGCAUUGCGCAAAUACCUCAGAAGGCGGAUGGAGAUGCGACAACAGCUGCGCCAGCUGCUGGGCAAAGUCACGUUCAAACAGCUGUUGAUGCGGAAGCAUGGCCGACGGAACCAAUGACACAUGCCCAAAACAAAUUUCUGCUGGAACGCGUACGAAACACGAAAAAGAUCAAGGUAGCUGCUGCAUUCAAGGAGCCUGUAGACCCCGUCGCUCUGAACAUCCCAACAUACCCAACCAUUGUUACGAAUCCCAUGGACCUUUCCACCAUGGAGAACAAGCUCAAGGAGGGUAAAUACCCUCUAGUACGCGAUUUCAUGGAGGACUUGGAUUUGGUCAUUAACAACAGCAUUCUGUUCAACGGAAAGGAGCACCCGGUUACGCAGGCGGGCUACAAUAUGCGGGCAUACUUCCUCAAGGGCAUGUCGAAGAUGCCGAGAGGUGAUGCGGAUGGGCCGCCCGCAAAGCCACCUAAAGCCAAAAAGGCCGCAGCUGCACCCGCCCCCAAGGCGAAGCGCGAACCGAGGACGGCAACGGCAAAAUCGCCUACUACUGGUAUCUCUCCUUCAGCCGCGUGGCCAUUGGCGCCCGAUGGUCUCCCUGUCAUUCGACGGGAUUCGUCAAGCAUGAAUGAUCGACCAAAGCGGGAGAUCCACAAACCCGCGCCGAAAGAUCUGCCCUACAAUAACAUCAAACCCAAGAAGAAGAAAUAUCAACAGGAGCUGCGGUUCUGUGAGUCGGUACUGACCGAGAUCAAGAACUCCAAAAAGUACCCCUUCAACUUCCCCUUCUUGGCUCCGGUGGACCCGGUUGCUUUGAACAUUCCCACUUAUUUCCAGGUCAUCAAGAAGCCCAUGGAUUUUGGAACCAUCGAGAAGAACCUGAAGUCUGGUCAAUACCAGACCGCCAAGGACUUCUACAACGAUGCACAGUUGGUUUUCAAAAACUGUUACACGUUCAAUCCCGAGGGCGACGAGGUCAACAAGAUGGGGAAGCAACUCCACCAGUUGUUCGACGCACUGUGGGCAGAGAAGUCGGAUUGGCUCGCGCAACACGCUCCUGCCUCCGAGCCACCGUCUCCCGACUACUCUGACGAGGACGAUGAAGAGGACGAGGAGGAUCCUGCGCAGGCACAGAUCUUGGCCAUUCAGAAGCAGAUCCAGCAACUGAAUGAAACUGCUCAGUCUUUGCUCCAACAACAAAAGAACAAGCGUGCGUCGCCCCAUGUGCAAGCCAAGAAGAAGUCCGGCAAGACAGCGGCACCCAAGAAAAAGGGUAGCCUAGCUGUACCGCCUCCUCCGAAGCCUGCCAAGGCGAAAGCGCGCUCACGUCCACCCGCGCCUCUAACCUUCGCUCAGAAGCAGGAAAUCUCCGAUGGCAUAAGCACUCUGGGCGAGGCGGACAUGCGCAGAGCUGUGCAGAUCAUCCGGAACGGAUGCCCCCACCUGGCCAACGUUAAUGAUGACGAGAUGGAGAUUGACAUGGACGAGAUUGGUGAUGACACCUUGCGCGAGCUCUUCAAGUUCAUUCGUCAAGUUCGUGGCCCCAAGGGCGGGCACGUGGACGAUGACUUCGAGCCGCCCAAGGUGACGCAUAAACCUGCUGUCAAUAAGCCGAAGAAGAACAAACCAAUGGGUAAAAAGGAGCAGGAAGAGAGCAUCAGAAAGCUCACCGAGAAGCUUCGUCAUUUCGAAGGUAGCGGUUCUGGGUCCAGUCAAUCCCCACCUGCGAACCAGGAUGAAUCCAGUGAGGACGAAUCCAGUGGCUCGGAGAGCGAGGAGGAGUGAUCUCUCCACCGUUGGUUUGUCGCUUGGCAACUUGCAAAUCGGGCCGUGGUCCGUCG